CAUGUCAGUAGGGGCUAUUGUUUCUCGAUUAGGCAGCUAUCCGAUCGGAUCAUUUCCACGACAUGUCUUCCUUACUCCAACCUUCUUCUUCCAAGUGCUUGACUCAGCUUACCUACGUAGGGAGGCUAGGAUUUGGCUGAGAGGAUUGGUGAAGGCACGCCAUGUCGUUCAAUGAUUUUGAAUCGGCCAUUGCCUGGGGCGAGCCCAAGCAGCAACCUGGCGACAUAGUCAAGGACGCUAUACGGAAGGAGCAAGUUCUUAAAGAGAUUACAGCUGCACAGGGUGAUUUGCAAGCACUUGUUGCACGAGUGCACGGCGUCCAGGCGGACGUCGAUAAACUCUCGGCUGGGAAUUCGACGCUGCAGAUGUACAUUGACAACCUAACCAUGCAAAUGGCGAAGAGGAAGUAAUCCUUCCAAUUGCGUGUGCUGUCGGUGCUUAUCAGUGCGUAUAUGUAAAUGAUGAUAUACCUGCGAGAUCUGUUGAAAUCCUUUACCAGGAUGUUCCGUUUUCUUUCCGGGAUGCAUACAGCUUGCAAGUUUACUCCCCAGAGUAUCAUUCAUUAAAGAUUCCCAGACCCUGUAGAAUAUAUCCACUAGUGAAGGCAAUGUCAUUCGGCUAACGUUUGGAAGAGUACUAUGAGUGUAACCGUAUGUACAACUGCCAUGUACAUAUCACUAGUAAAGAUCUCUUCAAGUGAGCACUAGUGUAGAGCGCCACUGUGUGACGCGAUUCUGUCACGUGCUACAAUGAAUGUGACAACUCGCGGUCGUGACGGUGACACGCGCUUUUCUCAAGAC